AGAAGGACAGCGCCCAGAAGAAGUAAAACCUCCGCAAACUGUGCGGAGCAUCGUGCUGGAAAUGCGGCGUUUGUCUCCGGGUGGUCGGACAUUAAAUCACAGGACAUGUCUUUUGGUUUGUUGAAGCCUCAGUGCCACACUCAGCUCCACAAGCAUGCGACAGUAGUGACAGUAUCUCUCCGUUCAGCAGCACCGUUUGAUCCCAGAGAAACGUGCCUUGUAAGGAAGCAGGAUGUUCACAGGAUCCACCAAACUGCCACCCGCUAAAACUCCCCAGCCCGAGCGGCUGGAUGAAGUGUACGCUGCCUUACGCAGAGGCUUACAGUCCUACCUGCAGGUCCACCAGCUGGAGCUGGACAGUCUGGGUCAGCAGAUCAGAGAAAACAAGAGGAAUGGUCGCCUGGGGUCAUUGUAUGAGCUGGAUAAGCAAGUGAAAGCCAUCGAGAGGUUCAUGCGCCGCUUGGAAUUCCACCUCAGCAAGGUCGAUGAGCUGUACGAUGCGUACUGUAUACAGCGGCGACUGCGUGAUGGAGCGUGCAAGAUGGUGGCGGCGUUUAACUCCGCCACUGGCAGCAAGGAGGCCAGAGAGAGCCUGAGCGAAGCCAACAAGGGCUACAAGGAGUGCACAGAGCACAUGUGCUCACUUGAGAGUGAUUUAGAAAGCCAGAUGGGGGAAUUUCAUGUCAAAAUGAAGGGCCUUGCUGGCUUUGCCCGGCUGUGUGCUGGUGACCAGUAUGAGGUACUAAUGCGUUAUGGGCGUCAACGCUGGAGGCUACGAGGACGUGUGGAAGUCAGCGCGAAGCAGAUAUGGGACAGUGAGGAUUAUAUUUUCCUGCCUCUUGUCACAGAGCUGCUGUCAAUCAAGGUGACGGAGCUGAAGAGCCUGGCCAACCACGUGGUGGUGGGCAGCGUGUCCUGUGAAAUGCUCGACCUGUUCUGCCCACUCCCCCAGACGCUCGCCGUGGAUAUCAACGACCUCGGGACGGUCAAGCUAAACUUGGAGGUCACCUGGAGUCCGUUUGAUAAGGACGACCAGACAUCAUCCACCAGUACGGUUACUAAACGGCUGCUGUCCAAUCAGAGCCCUCCAGACACGCCCUCUAUGCGGGAGCAGGUGUUUUAUUCUCUGCUGAAGCGACAGGGAGAGAUGGACAACGGGACAGUCUGGUCCAACUCCUCUGAAUCCUCCGACGACUCCUCCAGUCCGGCGCUGGCUCAUCACGCUCAGAGGCUGACGGCCUCCAACAUGCUGCAGACCACUCUAACCAGUCAGCUGUCGCUCACACCGCGCAAGUCCAGCGCGUCAACGCCGUCGCUCUCGUCCAACCAAGAGGAGGACGAGACAGAAGCCGGGGAGGUCUUUUCUCAGACAGAUGCGGUGCCAAACGGCCAUCUGCAGACUUCCUGCUCUCACAGCCUUGUGGGCGAGAGCAGCCCGGACUGUAAUGUGUCUGACAGGGCGUCUCUGCAGUCAGCUGACCUCUCAGACACCUCAGCUUACCUGAGCUGCUCGUGCCCUGACGUCUCCUCUGUACCUCCUGUGUCGUUAGUGGAGAGAGCAGAUGUGCCUGACAGUGGCGUCCAACCGGUGUGUGUUUCAGCAGAGGCGGUAAAGGAUGAUCCCUGCGAGGUCUCCUCUUUACAGGCUGAAGCAGAAACAAAGGACAGCACCACUGAGGCACAGGGUGGAAACCAGCUAGAAGCAGCAGAGAAACGCAGUCAGCAUCACCCGUCCAGUCCGGAGCUCCAACAGGCCGAGGCCGCUCCUACGGUUUCUUUUCCUACUUCCUCUAGUUUCAUCCAGGAAGUUGAGACAGCCCUCGAAAGUUUUGACUUUCUCAACUGCUCUGACCUUGAUGAAGAAGAAGAAGAGCAACAAGUGAAAGAUGAAGGAGAAAAGGAGCAAGGAGCGAAAGACGAAGGAGAAAAGGAAGAGCAGAAAGAGGAGGGAGAAAAAGAAGAGGAGCAACGAGAGAAAGACGAAGGAAAAAAGGAAGAGGAGCGACAAGAGAAAGAUGAAGGAGAAAAGGAAGGGGACCAAGGAGAGAAAGACAAAGGAAAAAAGGAAGAGGAGUGUGGCCAAAAUGACAAGGUGGAAGAAGCAAAGGAUGAAGGGAAUUUCUACUCUGGUGGAAGCAGUGAUGACGAAGAGGAGGCAGGCGGCCUUGAGAUCCUCAUGGAAGCCCCAGAGGGAUUUAGGAACUCGGAUGAAGAUCGUUUCUCUGAAUCACAGGAGUCGAGUGUGGAAGACGUGCAGGAUUUGGGAAUGAUUGAACUACCUGAGGAUAAGGAGGAACCCAGCAAGGAAAAGGGAGAUGAACGACACGGAGAGGACGCAGCACAUGAUCAAGAGGAGCGUCCCUCCACUCCCAGCCAUUUGGCCACGACUGUCUUCUAAUGACACAGUGAAACCAUAGCGAAACCAUUUCUCCCGCUCUGUUCUGCUCCUGCCAUCUCCCUCCUCUCCCCCCGAGGGACCAGAGGCCAUGAGGAUGUCCCACUUACUGCUCAGACAAACAAGCUCCUCCAUUACGGCCGAGUUUGUGCACAUAUCUGCCUUGUUUGACAAAGAAUGAUAAACCUGGGGUUUGAUGAUAAACCCUCAGUCACAUCUAAAAGUCACGCCACACACACAGCCACAGAUACACACACACAGCCACAGAUACACA